AUGUUUGGAGAAAGAAUAGAAGAAUAUGAAAUAUUAGAACAUCUUGGAAAAGGAGGAUUUGCACAUGUAUAUAGAGCAAGAUGCAGGAAAACAGGCCUAUUUGUAGCUAUCAAAAUGAUAGACAAAGCUUUAAUGGCCAGAGCUGGAAUGAUCGGAAGAGUGAGACAAGAGGUUACUAUACACUCUCGCUUAAAGCAUCCAGCAAUCUUAGAAUUAUACACAUUUUUUGAAGAUGCACACUAUGUAUACUUAGUUUUAGAAUUAGCACAUAAUGGUGAGUUAGCUAAGCACUUCAAAUUAGGUACUCGUGGCCUUUCAGAGCAAGCUGCUGCUGAUAUUUUUAGACAAGUUGUGAGUGGAGUCUUAUAUCUCCACACACAUAACAUAAUACAUAGAGACCUGUCUCUAAAUAAUUUAUUAUUGACUAAAGAUUUAACUGCGAAAAUUGCUGAUUUUGGUUUAGCCACUCAGUUAAAUGGGCCUGAUGAAAAGCAUGUGACAAUGUGUGGGACCCCAAAUUACAUAUCACCAGAAGUCGCAUCAAGGGAACUUCACGGUCUACCAGCAGAUGUAUGGGGACUAGGGUGUAUGCUUUAUACAUUAUUAGUUGGCAGUCCUCCUUUCCAUACGCAACAUGUUAAAACAACCCUAAACAAAGUUAUCAAAGCAGAUUAUACCAUUCCUCAUGAAUUAUCAUUUCAAGCCCAGGAUCUAUUGCAAAGACUAUUGUGUAAAGACCCAUCUAAAAGAAUAACACUAAAGUGUAUAAUGGAACAUCCUUUUCUUAAUAAUGUAUUUGAUGUUGCUGGAUCAUCAAAGCAAGAUUUAUCAAAGGACUCAGGGUUUCUAACAACUUUACAUAGCACUCAGCAUAGUAACAAUAAAUUUAGUUGUUCUAAAAGAAAUAAUUCUGAAAUUCCUACAAACAAUUUUAACUGCCAAUUGCCAGCUGAAAGCUUAAAGUAUGGUGAUAAAUUGGAAAACAAACAACAUCUUAAUCACAACAUAUUAGCUCAACACCAAGAUAAUUAUGGAUCCACUGGUAGUAGUUCAUUUAAAUUGUUUGGUUCAAACUAUAAUCCAAUAUGCUGUACUGAAAAUGUUCCUCAACUUACAACUCCUAACUCAAAUGUUGUGUGUCUGUCUGAAGAUAUUAAUAGACUAAUGAUAAAAGAAAACCCUGAAUUACUGGGAUUAACUGAAGAAAAUAAGGAGAAUUUUCCUAAACAAUGUGUAAGUAAUUCUAACACUAUAGGUGUUCCACCUCUUUGUGCCGACCGAUUGCCAUCUAUAUCCCACAGAACAAGAAAUGCUAUCCUCAAAAUAGAAUCAGCAGGUGUAAGUGUGGAAUUUAUUAAAAAGAAAGGAAAAGGUCGGGAAGAAAGAGUGGUUGAAAUUUGUAAUAUAUCUAAAGAUGGAAUGAAAAUCGUAAUAUCUAAUCCUGAUAAGGGAACAGAAAUAGUUGAUCACAAACCAAAGCAAGAUGAAAUAUUCUCCUAUCAUAAUUUGCCACAAAAACAUUGGAAAAAGUAUUUAUAUGCUGCCCGUUUUGUUGAUUUGGUUAAAGCUAAAACACCAAAAAUAACUCUUUAUUCUUCUUUAGCAAAGUGUCAGCUCAUGGAAAAUGGAACAGAUAUAGAAAUGUUCUUCUAUAAUGGUGAAAAAAUUACAUACACAUCAGCUGAGGGUUUAAAAAUUAUUGAUAAAAAUUUAAAAACACAUCACAAUUUUACAACUCCAGAAUUAAUAUACUUACAUGAUCAUUAUAAGGAAUGUUCUACAAGAAUGAAGAAAAUUGAAGGGGCAUUAUCAUGCAUUGCAGAUGAAUGUUACCCUCUAAUCAUUGGUAAAAGGCCUGUUCAAUAUUUAAACAGUAAUUUAGACACCGGCUUACAUAAUAACAUUAACAGAAAUACUCCUCUUUUAAAUUAUGGAUCAUUUCAUCGCGCUACACCUUGUUCUAGUCAUGCCCACAGUGAAAAAUAA